UAGGUUACUUCCCGGUGGCAGCGUGUGUACAGAGAACGUUUGAGGCUAGUUUGGUCUGUUGGAAAUUUCUGCACUUGUAACGAUUUGCCUUUGUAUUUUUUCGUCGACAUGGUGAAGUUGUCGGCAGAGUUAAUUGAGCUGGCUGCUCAAUACACGAAUCCAGUCAGAGACAGAGAACUUGAUCUCCGAGGUUACAAGAUUCCCGUUUUGGAGAACCUCGGGGCAACUUUGGACCAGUUUGAUACCAUUGACUUUUCCGAUAAUGAAAUUAGAAAACUGGAUGGAUUUCCUUUGCUCCGAAGACUGAAAACAUUACUCAUGAACAACAAUCGGAUAUGCCGGAUUGGAGAAAAUCUUGAGCAGUCCUUGCCAAAUCUUAAGGAACUGAUUCUUACAAGUAAUAACAUCCAAGAAUUGGGUGAUCUGGAUCCUCUUGCUUCUGUAAAGACCUUAUCUCUCCUCAGUCUUUUAAGGAAUCCAGUAACCAACAAGAAGCAUUACAGGCUAUAUGUCAUCAACAAACUUCCACAAAUACGUGUUCUGGACUUCCAGAAGGUGAAAUUGAAGGAACGUCAGGAGGCUGAGAAAAUGUUCAAAGGCAAGCGAGGUGCUCAGCUUGCAAAGGAUAUUGCCAAGCGCACAAAAACGUUCACUCCGGGAGCUGGUCUGCAGGCUGACAAGAAAAAAACAGGGCCUAGCACCGCAGACAUGGAAGCCAUCAAGAAUGCCAUAGCAAAUGCCACGUCACUGGCUGAGGUAGAGAGGCUGAAGGGACUACUGCAGUCUGGCCAGAUCCCUGGACGGGAAGGCAGACAAGGUGCCCAAAGCAUGGUGGAGGAAGAGGAGGAGGAGGAGGAGGAGGAAGACCAGCUGGAAAGGGUGCUCCAUGCGGAGUCUGAAGCAAUGUACGAGGCUACUGGCGGGGAUGAAAUGGAAGGUGUCGGAGAACAGGGAAACGGAGAGGAACAAGACGAGGACAACGAGAUGGAUGAAGAUAUGCAUGUUAAUGGAUCAUAGCUCAGUUUGUGUUGUGUAUAAUGAUUUCAAGUCUGUGUUGCACUUCCUUUGAGGUGUAUGUGUGGAGUACUUUUUUCUUUUUUUUUACCACAUUAAAGUUGUUUUUAAGAAAACUA